AUGGCUGCAACUUUUUAUAGGGCCCUGAUGAUAUUGAAGAAAGUUCUGGCAUUUACCUUUGGAAGAACAGAAAUAACAUACCCGGUUUUGGAGCAAUUAGUGGAGCACAUGAAGACUCCAAUUGAGAUAAACAAGCAGAACAGGGAAGGAAAGGAUCUAGAUGCAAAGACAAUCAUGCAGUUAGAGAUUAUUGAGAGUGCAGUCACACCAAAAAAGGCUAUAGGGCUUCUUCAAAAUCACAGAACUUUAGAGUUGCUUUGUAAAGGAUGUUCUGGUGAUAUAAGAAGUGCAAUAAACAGUCUCCAGCUUUCUUCUUUUAAAGGUAAUUCUGAGGAGACCAAUUUUUGGUCAAGGAAAAAAGGGAUGUCUUCAUUAAAAUCAGAUGUCUUGUUGUCAAAAGCAAGGCAGAGAAAGAGACCUGAUAGUACUUUGGAAAACCAAGAAGUUCAGGCAAUUGGUGGCAAAGAUGCCUGUCUCUUUCUUUUCAGAGCUUUGGGAAAGAUAUAUUGUAAAAGAACACCUCUAACGGAAUUGGAAUUUCCUCGAUUACCUUCUCAUUUGUCAGAAUAUGAACAGGACCUGUUACUUGUUGAACCCGAGGAGGUUGUAGAAAAGGCACACAUACCUGGAGAGCUGUUUAAUUUAUACCUUCACCAAAACUAUGUAGAUUUCUUCACUGAAAUAGAAGAUCUUGUGAGAGCCAGUGAAUACAUGAGUUGUGCUGACAUCCUCCAUGGUGACUGGAAUUCAAGGACCACUCUUGGGGAGUACAGUGCAUCUGUAGCUACAAGAGGUGUGAUGCAUUCCAACAAAUCCAGAGGUUUUGCUUAUUGUCAAGGAGGAGGAGCAAGUUUUCGACCUCUGCACAAACCUCAGUGGUUUCUGAUAAGUAGAAAGUAUCAUGAAAAUUGCCUGGCAGCAAAGUCACUUUUUUCCAGUUUCUGCUCACCCCCUUUGUGUCUUCAAACGCAGCUUUUGCCAUACCUGGCUAUGCUAACUAAUCCAAUGAGAAAUCAAGCUCAGAUUGCUUUUAUCCAGGAUGCUGGAAGGCUUCCCCUAAGGAGGUUUUUUGGAAGAUUGAAAAUGGAAGCCCUAACUGAUAAGGAUUCUGGAAUGAUAGACUCUAACAGUGAUGAUGAGGCUAAUCGUGAAGGAUCACCACCUACAAAGAUACUUAUGCACAAGGACAAAAUCAAAACUUCAGAGACUGAUGCAGAAACAUCAUUAUUUCUUCCUUCGAGUCAGACUAGUGGAACAGAUCUACCGGCCAGCCAGCCCCAGCCUGCUACAGCUCAAGGAUUCAUGGAGGAAGAAGAGAUCACAAUAGAGGAAUAUGACAGUGAUGAAAUGUAGCUAAAUAACCUACUUGAUGGUCAGGUGCUCUUUGACAAAUUCAUUUUAAUUUUAUUCAGUGGUAAAUGAAGUUACUUGAAUAAAGUUAAUGUGUUUCCAGUGAAAUUAUUGUAUUGUGAAAGUCCACCUGUGUGGUGUAUAGUCUAUACUUGCAAAAUGUAUGUAGUCUGUACACUUGUAUUACUAUACAAGUCCAUUUUAUGGGACUGACUAUACCUUUAAUGGGGAAAGAAUAAAUUCAAUCAGGCUUUAAAUGUUUAGCUUAAAUCUGAACCCUUUUUAAAGGAAUAUUGAUAAAACAAUCAAAAGACAUAGCAAGAAUUUUUAUGGAAAAGUUAUGAAGUUUUUGAAACACAGCAAUUAGUAAAUAG